AUGUCGACUGUCUACGACCAACAGUACCCCGGGGCCUUUCGGGAUGCCAACGUCCAGGGCAGAUCGUGGAUGUACAAGCCCUUGAGAAUCGGUCCCUGGACACUCCCCUGGUUCGCAUCUCCCGAGUUCCAGCUCAUCCUGGUCUCGUUCGUGUGUUUCCUGUGCCCCGGCAUGUUCAACGCCGUCACCGGCCUGGGUGGUGGUGGUCAGGUCGACCUGCACGACGUCAACGACGCCAACGCUGCCCUCUACAGCACCUUCGCCGUGGUGGGGUUCUUCGCCGGCUCCAUCGCCAACUGGAUCGGGCUCAGACUGACUCUGUCGAUCGGCGGCAUCGGCUAUUUUGUCUAUGUCGCCUCGCUGCUCUCGUACAACCACAACAGGAAUGCCGGCUUCCUUAUCUUCGCUGGCGCCAUGCUCGGCAUUUGUGCUGGUCUGCUGUGGUGUGCCCAGGGUGCCGUCAUGAUGAGCUACCCGCUGGAAAGCCAGAAGGGGACGUUUAUUGCCGUUUUCUGGGUCAUCUUCAACCUUGGCGGGGUGAUUGGGAGUUUGGUUCCCCUCGGUGAAAAUAUGCACUCCAAGGCCGGCCAGGUCAACGACGGGACCUAUAUCGCCUUUAUGGUCCUCAUGGCCUUCGGCUUCAUCCUCACUUUCGGCCUGUCAGACUCUAAGUACAUCAAACGCAAGGACGGGUCGCGUGUCAUCGUGAUGAAGAACCCGACAUGGUGGUCCGAGUUCAGCGGUCUGUUCAAGACGCUCCGGUCGGACUGGUACAUCGUCUUGCUGUUUCCCAUGUUCCUGUCGAGCAACUGGUUCACGGAGUAUCAGUUCAACGUGGUCAACGCUUUCUACUUCGACAUCCGUACGCGCGCGUUGAACAAUCUGCUUUACUGGCUCUUCCAGAUGAUCGGCGCGUUUGCGUUUGGCCAGCUGCUGGAUCUGCCGUGGUUCUCGCGCAGGACGCGUGCCAAGCUGGGUCUGGUGGUGCUUUUCGUCAUCACCAUGGCCAUCUGGGGUGGGGGGUAUGCGUUUCAGAAGACUUACACGAGGGAGUCGCCCAAGCCGAACAUGGACUUUACCAGUCCUGGCUACGUGGGGCCAAUGUUCCUGUACAUGUUUUACGGGUUCUAUGAUGCUGCGUUCCAGACCUGCACGUACUGUCUGCUGGAGCAGCCAUCACCUGGAGCGGCUGACCAAUCCAGAAUGGACGCCCUCAACACGUCCUUCAUGCGCCAGUUCGGCGCCUGCUGGGGCCUCCUGGCAGGCUCGCUGGUGGUCGCUGCUCCAGUGGUCUUCUUUAAGAUCAAGGAGCACGUCGACAUCGAGGAGGAUCUCAAGUUCUCGGACGAGAUCUUCGCCGAGGUCGCGCCGAGCAGUGCGAUGACGAUGGACGAGUAUCAGCUAGCUGACAAGCAUGUGUCGUUUACUGCGACAGCGAGUGCUGUCUAG